AUGAAAGAUGAAAGUGCUACUUUAGGAUCAUUUGGGCUUCAUCACAAUUCAAAAAUACUUUUAAUCGGGACUAAACCAAAUGCAAAUGAUUUGGCAGAAACAUCCUCCAAUUCAUCAGAAGAGCAUGCAUUAAUACAAAAAAUAACUCAAUUACUACAUAAAUCUAAAACAACUUUAAUUCCACAAAUAGAAUCUUUUGAAACUUCUUCUUUAUUAGUGUUGGAUGGAAUCGAUUUUAGUAGUAAUAACAGUAGUCAGGAAUUUACGAUUGCUAGACAAAAAAGAAGAGAUGCUGUUAAAUUUACGCAACAAUUAAUUGAUAGAGUUGAUGAAGUUAAAGAAAAAUUAUUAAAGGCUAAUAUUAGUAAUAGUAAUAGCGGUGGCGGUGGAGGAAUAUUAGAAGGUACUGGAACUGGAGUAGGAAUCGCGGAAGAUGGAAAUGUUGAAAGACAAAAUGUAGAAGGAGAAAAUUAA